AUGUCCUGGGCAGAGCAAACAAAAGAAGGACGUCAUCCAGAUAGCAAUAGCAAACAGGACAGAAAGACACCGUUCAAGUACGAGAACAACGCGAUCAUCAAUCCCGGAAACGAGGAUGAAGCCGAAGAGCCCAGAGCGGCGAAUGAGGCUACCGGAAAAACCCACAACACGCUUCUACCCAAUCGCAAGACCAAGAUUACGGGGCCGGUGGAUGGAGCGCGGCGUCCCUGGAGCGCGGCCCAUGAGAAGGAGCUCAGGAGUUGUCUGCUCGAGUAUAGGAACUGUCCGGCGGAGUGGAAUGAAGAUGGGCCUCGAUUUGCACACAUGCUCAAACUCAUGGAGCAAAAAGAAGCUCAUGACGAAUUUGCCAGACGCCGCUCCUUUCACGACAUCAAUGAAGGCUGGAUGUACCGCAGCAUCACGAGCCAACGGAUCAAGGCCAGGAGGGCGAUGCCAAUGGGUUUCUACCAUGCCAUCAGUAGUGAAGUGGGUUUUAUUAAUUUCACAUUGCCAUUUACGAUUCUAUUACUUUUUGUUUGUUUUUAGCUAGGUUUACUUCGUUGGGUCUGGUUGGAUUAUGCGGAGUAGCCAGAAGUUAAUUUGGGGAUAGGCCGGAUUCGAGAAUGCAGCUGAAACCCCCAAGGACGAGGAAGGCUAGAGAGAUGCAGGUGACGCAUUCUUGUGGAACUCUUAUGUUAAAUGCUGGGAGACUAUGGACCUUCUUAACACGCAGCUCGUGUAUCUAGACUCUUACAAUGUGUAGUCAGGGGUAGUUGGUUAAACAUCGUAGCCAAAGUGCUUCUAAGUAAACUGUUG